AUGUUCAUCCUCGCACGACAACCAGCACGUCUCGAGCGUUCAAUCCCCUUGUUAGCCCGCGGCACCCGACACCGCCGUCCAAAAAAAGGCGUCCUCAUCCGACUCCUGGAGGACAUACCCGCCGUCGGCCGCGCAGGCGCAGUGCUCGAAGUGCCGAGGCAGAUGAUGCGUGCCUGGUAUUUUCCUGAGCAUAGAGCGGAGUACGUUGUUCGGCCUAGAGGCGGGUUUAGAGGGGAGGACUUCGCGGCUGCUGUUGCUGUGGAGGAGGUGGUUGCGGAGCCGAUCGCGCAGACUACUACAAGCGCACCGCAGGCCCCCUCUCUGGCACUCCUGCUUCCCGUCCUCCAGUCCCUGCCUCCAAUCCUCUUCUCCCGCCGGCCAAUCACCCCCACCUCCCAACAGAUCUACGGCUCCGUCACAGCCUCGAACAUCCUUUCCCGGCUCUCAGCAGACUUUAACCUCCCCCUCCCUACAGACCCUUCACUAUGCACGGUCGACCUUGUUGGGGAGGCUGUCGACGGUGGCAGGGUGAAGAGGUUGGGGAACGCGAGUGCAAGAGUGGUCUUGCAUGGGGUUGGAGAAGCAGAAGUGAGGAUUAGGGUUGUGGAUAUGGAGCAGGCGAAGGAACAAACGGAGCAGAGAGCGUAG